GGGUUCGUUCGAACAAAGAAAGCGAACCCAGUUCUAGAGAUUAGGCGGCGUGUCCUUUCGAUCCUGUAAUUUACCGCUCAAAUCAUCGAAAACUCAGAAAGCUGACCGGCGAAAAGCUUAGCUAACACCCGAGUUAUUUCAUCAGACAAAGUGGAGCUAUCAAAAAAUGGAAUCAAUGAGAUGAUUGACUUUCAAAGUUUCUGCAAAAGUAACGCAAAGUAUUACAUAAUAUCCGUUCUAAUUGUCGAAUGCUUUGUGUUUUCGACUCAAUCAGAUCGGCCCAUAAUGGUGCGAAAAUGAACUCAAAUAGAUCAAAUGUCCAAAGAAAAGUUAAGAUCACAGAGCUAACCGCUGUUUAGAUGGUAAAUUUUGAAAAUGUAUUCGUGUCUGGGGUCAAAAUUUGACCAUUCAUAGCUGUAUGGUAAAGUACAACUGAAUUGACUGGCCAUCCCAAGAUAGAUUUGUUCUGGUGGUUUACCCUUUGAACCCUACCUGGGUUUUGAAGAAUUUGGAAAGUUCACAUUUCCGAACCUGAAUUAGUUUGCGGCGUGAUAUUUGUUUAUAUAGGGCGUUAAAGUCCCGUUAUUUGGAGUCAUAAUAGCCGAAAAACAAUAAAUCUUUGGAGGUUAUUGUUCAAUAAAUUAGCUAUUCGCGUUACCAGAACUCUAUUGGUCGUGUUUGAGUUUAUUUGACAAACCAGUUUUAAAACCAAUAGUCGAACAUGGGUCAAACCGGAAGCAAGCAGCACGAAACUUGUGAUCGAAUGAAAGAGGUGUUGCAAUCGAACGGUUCUGCUUUGCCAGCAAAUCAGAAUAUUUCUUCACCCCAGUAUACAACAGCAUCUGGCAAAUGUAUUGCUGCAGUAGCUCCUACUAUGUCCACUGCACAGCCACAACUACACAUCCACUCAACUCAAAAUCAACUAGAACAAUCUAGAACAUUCCAAAACGCUAAUUGGUUACUCACGGCACCAACAGCACAGGCAGUAGCCAAUCAUACCGCUCGCUAUAUUUCAACCAAUCAGAGACCUGUGCUGACGUCAGCGGAGCUUCCUCUUCAUGCUUUGCCAUUGGAAACUGUGAUCGCCAUUUUGGACGCGUACAACAGACAAAUCAGGAGUGAUCAUGCCCAAAAUGAUGCAAUCUUUCUCCAGGGCUCCCAACAUCAAAGAUGCUUUCAGGCACCACAGGUGUUCAGUUCAAUUUUCAACCAGCCUGAAAACAUUCCAGAAGCUGAAGUUCUUUCACAUCUUCCUGAGAGUGCGCAGACAACGCCAGCUUCAUCGGCUUCACCGUCACCCAGAAUAGCAACUCCAAAGUUGACAAACUCGGCUGACAUCAAAAUCGAAGCUUCAACUUCGGCCGAAGACGACGAGUCUCGACUACCGAAGAAGAAACGAAGGUUGCCUCCAAGUGUGCUAGCUCUGGCCGACUCCCAACAGCCAAAGAGGUCUCGGAGAAACGACGAAGAAGUGUUGCGACCCAGUUCGGAAAACAUAGCGAGUAGCAGUGGGACGUCAAAUGCGAGCUAUCAGCAAAGUUCUUCUGCGGUCGACAUUGAAGGCAUCUCAAGAUUUCAAGAUUCGGAGGUUUUCAUGGAGGCUGUGCGUCAUCUUAAGCGUUUGGAGGAAGAACACCAAAUUCAAAGAAGGGAAUUGAUCGAAUGUGAGGCCAGACUGAAAGUGCACUCUGAGUUGAUUGAACUACAAAAGCUUCACCUGAUGAAGAUCAUCCAGGCACUCACCGGUCCCAAAGCUCCUCCUACAACGACAACAACAUCAACAUCCACAACAGCUCCAGACAACCCUUACCACCAUCUUCACCACGUGACAACCAUGCCAUGGCACCACGUGACUGUACCCAGAGACAACACGGUUGAUGAGUCAUUGAUCACCAGACACUACCAGAGUAGAUCUUGCCACCAGUAGUAACUAACUCUCAAGACACCGUGCUUCUUAACAACUGUUCGCCCAAUUGAGCUUGACGUUUGGCAAAAGUCAAUCUUUAAAAAACUGAAUAUGAUGCUGCUCAACUGUGAAAAACAAUUUAUUGUUAUGCAAUAAAAUC